AUCCGAUUCUGUCCACUUCAUUGCAGCCACUGAAGAUCCAUCCUGGUGUCGCCAUGGGCCGCCGACCCGCCCGAUGUUACCGGUACUGUAAGAAUAAGCCAUACCCGAAGUCUCGUUUCUGUCGCGGUGUCCCAGAUGCUAAAAUCCGCAUCUUUGACCUGGGACGGAAGAAGGCCAAAGUGGACGAAUUCCCACUCUGUGGCCACAUGGUGUCUGAUGAGUAUGAACAGCUCUCUUCGGAAGCUCUGGAGGCUGCCAGGAUCUGUGCCAACAAGUACAUGGUGAAAAGCUGUGGCAAGGACGGGUUUCAUAUCCGAGUGCGACUCCAUCCCUUCCAUGUCAUCCGUAUCAACAAAAUGCUGUCGUGUGCUGGGGCUGACAGGCUCCAAACAGGUAUGCGGGGAGCCUUUGGAAAGCCCCAGGGCACUGUAGCCAGAGUCCACAUAGGACAAGUCAUCAUGUCCAUCCGCACCAAACUGCAGAACAAGGAACAUGUGAUUGAGGCUCUGCGUCGGGCCAAGUUCAAGUUUCCUGGUCGCCAGAAGAUCCAUAUCUCCAAGAAGUGGGGGUUUACCAAGUUUAAUGCAGAUGAGUUUGAGGACAUGGUGGCUGAGAAGCGCCUCAUCCCAGAUGGCUGUGGGGUCAAGUACAUCCCAAAUCGUGGGCCUCUGGACAAAUGGCGUGCACUGCACUCCUGAGUGCCUCGGUGUGGGCUCCUGAUCUCUGCUCACCA